UAUAAAUAUUUCCGGCCGGGUUGAGGAGCGCGGGCUGUGCGUCGGAGCCGCUAUGUCGGGGUCUGCUUGGUAGCGUCCGAAAGCCCGGCAGAGUGGGCCGGUCUCUGCUUUUGCAACCAGGAGUAGCUUCUAGGGCACCUGAGACCCGGGCGGCUUGGCGCGGCGGGGAGGCGGGUGCGUCCGCGCGGCAGAGCUGCUUUGCGGCCUGUUUGAUUCCCAGCAGAAGUUUUGCCAGUCCUAGUCCCUGGUGACCAUGCAUGUCAAGUCCAUCAUUCUUGAAGGAUUUAAGUCCUACGCUCAGAGGACUGAAGUCAAUGGUUUUGAUCCCCUCUUUAAUGCCAUCACUGGUUUAAAUGGUAGUGGGAAAUCCAACAUAUUGGACUCCAUCUGCUUUUUGUUGGGCAUCUCCAACCUAUCUCAGGUUCGGGCUUCUAACUUACAAGAUUUAGUUUACAAAAACGGGCAGGCUGGUAUCACCAAAGCCUCAGUGUCAAUCACAUUUGAUAAUUCUGACAAAAAGCAAAGUCCUUUAGGAUUUGAGGUUCAUGAUGAAAUAACAGUAACAAGGCAGGUGGUUAUUGGUGGUAGAAAUAAAUAUUUAAUCAAUGGAGUAAAUGCAAACAAUUCCAGAGUACAAGAUCUCUUCUGUUCUGUUGGCCUUAAUGUAAACAACCCUCACUUUCUCAUCAUGCAGGGCCGAAUUACCAAAGUAUUGAAUAUGAAACCUCCAGAGAUUUUGUCCAUGAUAGAAGAAGCAGCUGGAACCAGGAUGUAUGAAUACAAAAAAAUAGCUGCCCAGAAAACUAUAGAAAAAAAAGAGGCUAAGCUGAAAGAAAUUAAGACGAUACUUGAAGAAGAGAUUACUCCAACCAUUCAAAAAUUAAAAGAGGAAAGAUCUUCUUACUUGGAGUACCAAAAAAUAAUGAGGGAAAUAGAACAUUUGAGUCGCUUAUAUAUUGCUUAUCAGUUUUUGCUGGCUGAAGAUACAAAAGAACGCUCAGCUGAGGAGUUAAAAGAAAUGCAAGAUAAAGUUGUAAAGCUUCAAGAAAAAUUGUCUGAGAAUGACAAAAAAAUAAAAGCACUUAGUCAUGAAAUAGAAGAGUUGGAAAAAGGAAAAGAUAAGGAAAUUGGAGGUAAACUCCGAUCUUUAGAAGAUGCUCUUGCAGAAGCUCAGCGAGUUAAUACUAAAUCUCAAAGUGCCUUUGAUCUCAAGAAGAAAAAUCUGGCAAGUGAAGAGAACAAACGCACAGAGCUAGAAAAAAAUAUGAUUGAGGAUUCUAGAACUUUAGCAGCAAAGGAAAAAGAGGUUAAAAAGAUAACAGAUGGGCUGAAUGCCCUUCAAGAAGCAAGUAAUAAAGAUGCUGAAGCUUUGGCUGCUGCACAGCAGCACUUCAAUGCUGUUUCCGCUGGAUUGUCUAGUAAUGAAGAUGGUGCAGAAGCAACUCUUGCUGGUCAAAUGAUGGCCUGUAAAAAUGACAUAAGUAAAGCUCAGACAGAAGCCAAACAGGCUCAGAUGAAGUUGAAACAUGCCCAACAAGAAUUAAAGACUAAACAGGCUGAAGUUAAGAAGAUGGAUAGUGGCUACAGGAAAGAUCAAGAAGCUUUAGAGGCUGUGAAGAAACUUAAAGAAAAACUAGAAGCUGAAAUGAAGAAGCUAAAUUAUGAAGAAAACAAGGAGGAAGGACUUCUGGAAAAGCGCAGGCAGCUAUCUCGUGAUAUCAGUAGAUUGAAAGAAACAUAUGAAGCUCUCUUAGCCAGAUUUCCUAAUAUUCAAUUUGCCUACAGAGAUCCAGAGAAGAACUGGAAUAGAAAUUGUGUGAAAGGACUUGUAGCUUCUCUGAUUAGUGUGAAAGAUACUUCUACAACCACAGCUUUAGAAUUAGUAGCUGGGGAACGGCUCUACAAUGUUGUAGUAGACACAGAGGUUACUGGAAAAAAGUUACUAGAAAAGGGGGAACUGAAACGUCGAUACACUAUAAUUCCACUCAAUAAAAUUUCAGCCAGAUGUAUUGCUCCAGAAACUCUGAGGGUUGCUCAGAAUCUUGUUGGUCCUAACAAUGUUCAUGUGGCUCUUUCCCUGGUUGAAUACAAACCAGAACUUCAGAAAGCAAUGGAAUUUGUCUUUGGAACAACGUUUGUUUGUAAUAAUAUGGAUAAUGCAAAAAAGGUGGCUUUCGACAAAAGAAUAAUGACUAGAACUGUAACUCUAGGAGGUGAGGUAUUUGAUCCUCAUGGGACAUUGAGUGGAGGUGCUCGAUCCCAGGCAGCUUCUAUUUUAACCAAGUUUCAAGAGCUGAAAAAUGUUCAAGAUGAGCUGAGAAUCAAGGAGAAUGAGCUACAGAGUCUAGAUGAGGAAUUAGCAGGUCUUAAAAACACAGCUGAAAAGUAUCGCCAACUAAAACAGCAGUGGGAAAUGAAAACUGAAGAGGCAGAUUUAUUACAAACCAAGCUCCAGCAAAGUUCAUAUCAUAAGCAACAAGAAGAAUUAGAUGCUCUUAAAAAAACCAUUGAGGAAAGUGAGGAGACCUUAAAAAACACCAAAGAAAUUCAGAAAAAAGCAGAAGAAAAAUAUGAGGUACUGGAGAAUAAAAUGAAAAAUGCAGAGGCUGAGAGAGACCGAGAACUGAAGGAUGCUCAGAAAAAACUGGAUUUUGCCAAAACAAAAGCAGAUGCUUCUAGUAAGAAAAUGAAAGAAAAACAACAGGAAGUUGAAGCUAUCACCCUGGAGCUGGAAGAGCUCAAGAGAGAGCACACAUCCUAUAAACAACAGCUUGAAGCUGUAAAUGAAGCUAUCAAAUCCUAUGAAGUACAGAUUGAAGCAAUGGCAGUAGAGGUGGCUAAAAAUAAGGAGUCUGUAAAUAAAGCUCAAGAAGAGGUGACCAAACAAAAAGAAGUGAUAAUAGCCCAAGACAAUGUAAUUAAAGCUAAAUAUGCCGAAGUAGCAGUACAUAAGGAACAAAACAAUGAUUCUCAGCUUAAAAUUAAGGAAUUGGACCACAACAUCAGCAAACAUAAACGGGAAGCUGAAGAUGCUGCUUCGAAGGUCUCCAAAAUGUUGAAAGACUAUGACUGGAUUAAUGCAGAGAAACACCUUUUUGGGCAACCUAAUAGCGCCUAUGAUUUUAAAACCAACAACCCAAAAGAAGCUGGACAGAGACUUCAGAAAUUGCAAGAAAUGAAGGAGAAACUGGGGAGAAAUGUCAACAUGAGAGCUAUGAAUGUUCUAACAGAAGCUGAAGAGCGGUAUAAUGACCUGAUGAAGAAGAAAAGAAUUGUAGAAAAUGACAAAUCCAAAAUCCUUGCAACUAUAGAAGACCUUGACCAGAAGAAAAACCAAGCCCUAAAUAUUGCUUGGCAAAAGGUGAACAAGGACUUUGGGUCUAUUUUUUCUACUCUCUUGCCUGGUGCUAAUGCUAUGCUUGCACCACCAGAGGGCCAAACUGUAUUGGAUGGUCUGGAAUUCAAGGUUGCUUUAGGAAAUACUUGGAAAGAAAACCUAACAGAACUUAGUGGUGGUCAGAGGUCGUUAGUAGCUUUGUCAUUAAUAUUGUCCAUGCUCCUCUUCAAACCUGCUCCAAUUUAUAUCCUGGAUGAGGUAGAUGCAGCUUUGGACCUUUCUCACACCCAGAAUAUUGGACAGAUGCUGCGUACUCAUUUCACACAUUCUCAGUUCAUUGUCGUGUCACUAAAGGAGGGUAUGUUCAACAAUGCAAAUGUCCUUUUCAAAACCAAGUUUGUGGAUGGUGUUUCUACAGUAGCCAGAUUUACUCAGUGUCAAAAUGGAAAGAUUCCGAAAGAAACCACAUCCAAGGCAAAAGGACCCAAAUGACCACAUCUGGAAGUUAAAAGUACAGAUUUACUCCUUCACCUUGACCAGUUUUUUUAAACAUAAAGAACUUGGGCUUAUUUAUGUAAAAAUGUAAUGUUUUGUUACUUAACCCGUAUUUUCUCUUCCUUUAUAUAAUCACUUCUAAAUGAAUAUAGAUUCCCCUUUUCUUAAUUAAUGUAACUGUGGUCCAAUUACUGUGAUUGUGAUUUUAUGCACGUCCUCAAAUGCUUUUUCUUACACAAUUCUUUUAUAUAUGUUGGGGAGCCUGAGGUACCUGGUUGGUGGUAGAUUCUGUUUGCAAAAAUACAAAGAAACAGAUGAAAUUAAAUUAUAGGAUAAAUAUAGCUGAUAGUCAGCUUUUAAUUAGUUUAAUUCCUAAGGUGAUAUUAGUGUGUUUUCUGUUAAGAAAGUCAUUUAGGUAAGGAAGACUUAGAAAGUGAGCAUCUGGACCAACAAAGGAACACAAAGGAAGCUGUUAGGCAUUCCCUGAGCUAUUUGUGGUUAGUUCUAUGAAGAUACAGUGCCAGAGCCCUGAUUUAGACUCAGUCAUGUUUGGAUAUCAUGUUUCUUUAUGCUUUGUAAUUGGUCUGUGCAAUCUGAAGGUUUUAAAAAGUAUUUAUAGAUUUUUAAUAGCCUAGGAGAAGGUGUGGUGCAUGCUGCUGUCCACAUUUAUCUGAAGUCUCUUCAUGUUUUCAGAGACUUUUGUCAGCCUUUUCAUAAUCCAGUCAGUAACAAUCUAUUAGUGAAUGAGAAUGUGAGAGUGAACAGACUAAACCACAUUUUUCUUUGAAUCAGAUACAUAACUAGAUCCAUCUAUUUUACCAAAAGAACUCAAAAGAAGCACUGCCAACUGCUAAAAGAUUACUGUGUAUAAUUCCUAUUAUUUCUAAGUGUAUCACCAGAAUAGUGUCUCCAAAUUUUGAAUCUUAAAAGCCCUCACAUGACCUAACCUGUUUGAUCUUGAGUAUGUUUUUUGGGCCCCACAUCCCUUCUUUAUCCUUAAGACUUAGUUCCUUUAUAUUAUCCUUUCCCUAAUAUAUGCUUAUAGUUUUUGGCUUUAAGAUUUCUUAUCCUUCAUUCUGAUACAUAUCUGAGGAUGUCAGAUAACAUCCAGAUUAACUGAUAAAAUGGGGCAUAUCAGAAAGGAUUGAAUCUGGAAUUAGUUCAUGCCUGCUGUGGGAGGAGAGGGAGACAAAGCUGUAAAUGUUGAAUUACAGGAAGUAUAAUAUCACAUAUAUAAGAGGCAGGCAUGCGUUUUUUUAUUUCAUUUCAAAUGUAUUGCAGAUUGUUUGCCAGGACAGCUCAGUCAGUUCACACUUGUCAUCAAGUCGUAUACCUAUUGACCACAACCUAGUCAGCACUGGCUGUAAUUUUUACUUCUGAUUUGCUAGUUGUAAAUGGCACUUUAUUGCUGUUUUAACUAGCACUUUAUAAAUAACUUGUGAGCUUGAGUAUUUUACCAGAUGAACUUUCUUUACUACAAAUUAUCUACUUGUUCCCCUAAUUUGUCAUAUAAUCUCACUCUUUAAUGAGAAUGCUCAAACAUAUUAAAUUUUUGUGAGUCAUGUUGUUCGUAUUCUUUGGAAGAAAUGAAGGGGAAAUGGGCACAUUUAUUUCAUACAUGUGCAGUAAUAGGAGUAACAUUUAUUACUAAGCUCUUUUAUACAUCAGAUGCUAUUCUCAUUUGCACAUGUUUUCACAUUUGAGGUAAGUACUUUUGAUCAGCAUCAUAUAUUUGAAGAAAUUGAAUUGAGCAGAAAAGUUAAGGAACUUGUCUUUAGUGACCAUACAGUUAAUAGAGAGGCAGAGCCAGGAUACCAAUCUUGGCAGUUGGUCUCCAGAAUCUAUGAUACAUUACCCUUCUGACAGUUUGAACAUUUGUAUUUAUUGUACAUAAUAAAUUUAAGACAUACCUGGAUGAGCAGUAUGCACAAUGUGAGAAAAUUAUUUUUAGGAAGAAUGUCAAACACUUGCAAAGGAUUCUUCCCCUUUUUGCGGGGGCAUUUCAGGUACACUAAGAAGGCAAAAGCAAAACCUUGAGAAACCUCUUCCAAUAUGAUAAAGUAAUCAAAUAGGCCGACUACUCCCACAAUCAUGUCAUCUGCAAAUCAGGGCAGGUUUUCUUCCCUUUGGAUCUGUGUUUUAUUUCCUUUUUUUUUUUUUUUUUUUUUUUUUAAACUACACUGGCUUGAAAUUCUAGCAUUGUGUUAUAUAAGAUUACUAAUGAGAGCUGGCAUAUUUGCCUUUUCCCCAGAAUUCCGAGGAAAGCAUUCAGUCUUUCACCAGCUAGGUAUUGUGUUAGCUAUAGGCUUUUAGUAUAUAUUAUUUAUCAAAGUAAAGAAGUUUCCUUCCAUUCCUACUUUGAUCAGUUUUAUCAUGUAUGGGUUAUUGAAUUUUGUUCAUUGCUUUGUCUGCAUUGAUUGAUAUGAUCAUGUAACUUCCUUAAACUGUUAAUAUUAUGAAUUACAUUGCUUAAUUUUUUAAUAUUAAACCAGCCUGGUAUUCCUAGAUUAAACCCCAUUUGGUCAUGUCUAUAAUUCUUUUUAUGUACAGACAUGCUUCGUUUUAUUAUGCUUCAUGGAUAACUACCUGUUAUUUUUCCUUUAAACAAAUUGAAGGUUUGUGGCAACGUUGCAGCAAGCAAGUCUUCCAGCACCAUUUUUUUCCAACAGCAUUUGUUCUGAGUCUGUCACAGUAUGGUAAUUUUCACAAUAGGUUCAAACUUUUUCAUUAUUGUUAUGGUGAUCUGUGAUGAGCUCACUGAAAGCUCAGAUAGAUGAUGGUUAGCAUUUUUUAGCAAUAAGGUAUUUUUUAAAGUAUAUACUUUCUUUUAGACAUAAUGCAGUCACAUACAUAAUAGACUACAGUAUAAAUAAAACUUUUAUAUGCACUGGAAAACCCAAAAUUUUGCUUUAUGAUACCUGCAUACCAGAAAUAUCUCCAGGGUAUGCCUAUUACAAGAUUCUGUUUGCUAAUAGUUUGGUCAUGGAUUUUGGUUUUUGGUUUUUUUCUACUGGCUUUGUUUGGUUUUAAGGUAAUACUAGCUUUAUAAAAAUGGGAAAUGUUCCUUCUAUUUUUUGUAGAAUUAUAUAGAAUGUAUUAGUCCUUUUUUGAAUACUAGAAUUCUCCUGUGAAACUGUCUGGCCCUGGAGAUUAGGAGGGUAGGAUGGGGAGAAUGUAAAGUACACACAAUUUCUUCAAUAGUUAUGGGACUAUUUAAAUUAUCUGUUUUAUAAUGGGUGACUUGUGAUAGUUUUUUUUUUUUUUUUUGUGGAAUUGUUCUAGUUCAUCUAAAUUGUCAAAUUUGUCAUUUGUGUGUAGAGUUCAUUAUAUUACCUCAUUAUCUUUUUAAUGUCUUCAAGCUCGAAAGUGUAUCACUUGUUUUCAUUCCUGAUAUAGGUAAUUUGUGUGUUUUUUUCCUCUUUUGUCAAACUUACUGAAGUUUGUCGAUUUUAUUUUUUCAGAGUACCAUUUUUUUGUCUCAUUGACUUUGUCUUUCAGUUUUGAUUUCUGUUCUUCUUUUUUUUCCUGCUUACUUUAGGCUUACCUUGCUCUUUUCUAGUUGUAUGGUAGAAGUUUAGAUUACUGAUUUGAGACCUUUUCUUCCAGCAAGCAAUUAAUACUACCAUUGUCCUCUUAUCAAAAUUUGUGAGAUGAAGCUAAAAGAUUAGUUAUGUUGCGUUUUCAUCUUUAAGUUCAAAAUAUAUUCUAAUUUGCCUAGACAUUUCUCACUGUUGGAUUCUUUUGGAAUGUAUUUUAAUACUACCAUUGUCCUCUUAUCAAAAUUUGUGAGAUGAGGCUAAAAGAUUAGUUAUGUUGUGUUUUCAUCUUUAAGUUCAAAAUAUAUUCUAAUUUUUCUAAUUUGCCUGGACAUUUCUCACUGUUGGAUUCUUUUGGAAUGUAUUUCUUAAUUUCCAGAUAGCUGAGGAUUUUCCAAAUUUUAAUUUAUUAUGUUAAGAUCAGGAAUCCUUUUUUAAAUUAUUAAAUGAUAGAGUUAGAAAACAAAAAGAGGUACAUAUUUAAUCUAUAUUUUAGAUAAAUAAGAACAAAGUAAACCCAAAUUAAACAGAAAGGUAGAAGUCAGCAUAUACAGGACCAAAAAACAGUGGAGAAAAAAAAUAGUGAAACUAGUAUCUAGUUCUCAAAAGAACAACAAAAUCAGUCUAUCUCUAAUUAAACCAAUCAGGUAAACUGGAGAAAUUACAAGUCACUAAUAUCAGGAAGGAAAGAAGAGUUGCUACUGUGGCUCUUACCUAAAUUAAAAGACUGCAAAAAUAUGAUUUUUAUGCCUAUAAAUGCAGCAACUUAGACAAAAUGGAAAUUUGAAAAAUAAAACUCAACCAAAACUUACCAGAGUAGACAAAACCAGAAUAGCCUCACAUCUAUUAAUGCAAUUCAAAUAAUUAACUAUCCUCCACAAGGAACACUUUCCUCCCAUUUGGUUUCACGUAUAAAUUUUACCAUUCAAGGAAGAAAUAACCCCAGUCCUACAGUCUUUUAGAAAAUAGUGGGAGAGGGGAACACUUCCAACUUGUUUUAUGAGACCAGGGUUCUAAUACUAAAACUUGACCAAACAUUAUAAAACAAAAUUAGAAGAUGGAGCAAAAACACAGAAAGUAUUAGCAAACUAAAUCUAAUAACAUCUGUAAAAGAUAAACUGUUUUCAUGGUUUUUUUUUUUUUCCCAACAGAUGUUACUGACAGCAAGAUAUUUAUACAGAAAAACAUUCCCCCUUUCACAACAUACACAAAAAAUAACUAAGGAUAAGUCAUAUGCCAAAAAGCAAUAGUUAUAACACAUCUAGAAGAAAACAAAAUCUCUGUGACCUUAUAGGGAAAGAUUUCCUAGAACACACACACACACACACACACACACACACACACAUACACACACAUACAUACAUACAUACAUAAAUAAACGAACAUUAAAAUUUUAAAAAUAUCUUCAAAAGACUCUUAAGAAAAUGAAAAGACAAAGCACAGAAGUUAUUUGCAAUGUACAGAACUGAUAGAAUUAUGUGCAGACUGAAAAGAAUUUGCAACUCCCAUGCUAAUAUUUGCAUGAAGGGUGGGUAAAACUGCUGUCACCGUAGCAUAAACCAAGGCAGAGCAGCAUAGUGUAUUAGCAAUACUGAUUGAAUUUUUUAAUGACAGGCUCACUUUUAAAGAGUGUCUUGAUGAAGCUGUAAAAGUUAAUUUUUUAUCCCAUCCUCCAUCUUUCAUAAUCUGAUAAAAUGAGAAUUAUAUAAAAAGCAUUUCUGCGUACCAAAACAUGGUUAUUUUACAGAAAUGCAGUUCUUUCAGUUGGAGUCUGAAGUAACUGCUUCUUUUUUACUUGAACAGAUAACUAAGACAAACUGUGGUUAUAAGUCUAUAGUAUUUGGUAGACAUUUCCUAAAAAUGAACAAAGUGAGCCUGUCCUAUUAACCUGACAUUUGUUGCAAAUAAUAAAACUGUAACUUUCAAAUGAAAAUUAGAAUUUUGACAAACUUGUAUUUAUUUGUCAUUGUGAGCUGGACAUCUUCUCAGGACAUCUUCUCAAUAAAGACUUUUCUGAUUAUA